CGAGCUUUCAAAAUCCCAAUCGGCCACCAUUGUUGCGAUUGAACCUUGUGCAAAGUUUUACGAAGUUUGCAUUUUUCAUAUAACUAUUAGUGGUUUUUAAGUUUUUGCUUAGGUGAACAUAGUGAAAGAUAUUCUGCGAAUUUAAAUCAAGUAUCAGAAUUAACCUCUAGCGCAUAUUUCCAAACGCUUAACGCGAUCAAAAUGUCACGCGAAGUGAGCAUCAGAUCCGUGAACACCAUACCACACUCGAAAUAAAAGUGAUUUAUUUUGAAAUAAGCGUGUCAACGACUGUAAAUAAGUGUUGUUAUCAUGUCAGGAAGCUUAUAAGUGAUGAUAGUUACAUGUGACACAAACGUGCGCCGAUGAAAACAAUUAAGAAAUUUCUGUACACGUCGUAAAGGAGCGCAGCUACGCGGGUGAAAAACUUGGAACUCGCCGGUAUCAUUAUGGUGGACUGAAGUAUCAAUUGUUGGAGCAUUGCAAUUCAUUGAGUGAAUUAAGUGCCCUAAGGUUUCCGCACACAAUGUCAGGCGGGUCGCAACACAACCCGAACGGAAGGCAAUCGCAGCUUGGUAGUGGCUGGAGUCCUUUACAGUUACAGGUGGCCAACCUACUGGCGCGCGCCCCGCAAGCGCACAUGGCGUCGGAGCGCGGCGUGACGUGGCACACGCCGACGCCGCCGCCCCACCUCUACCAUGUGCCGGCGCCUUCGCCCCCGGACCCCUUGCAAGCGAUGAAAGCGGGCGGCAACUCGGUGUUCCGGCACACGGCGACGCCGCCGGAACUCUACCGGCACACGCCCACGCCACCGGAUAAACAUUUGUUGAGGCAUACACCGUCACCUGGUGAUGUCAAAGCCGGUUCGGCGAUACCACCUGCAGAUUUGUACCCGCAUUUAGGACCUAGCAGAGAUAAGCUGGUGCGCGCGGAGGAGCUGCUCGCGUACGCGCGCGGCGGCGUCGACCUGACGGUGGGGUCGCGCGGCGCGAACGGCUCGCCCGCGCCGCACGCCGCGCCCGCGCUGUCCGUCCGCGACGCGCCGACGAUCAACAGCCUGAUCGCGCGCGCCGCGCCGCACGCGCGUCCGUCGCACGCGCGCGUCGACGCGCUACUGGAGCGGCUGUCGGCGGCGCCGGCGCCCGCGUCGCCGCACUCGGUGAUCGUGCACUCCCGCGCCGCGCCCACGCCGUCGCCGCCGUCUUCCAACGAGGAUUCAGCCGACUCGUGCGGCGCGCCGCCCGGCUCAAAGCGGAAGCGGAAACCGGAGCGUACGAUACGCGUGCCCGUGCCGCCGCCGCCGAGCGAGCAGCCGCGCGCCCCGCACGCCGCCGCCCCCUCUCCCGCCCCCGCGCCCUGCCCCGCCGCACCCGCGGCCGCGCCCGCCGCGCCGCGCGCCCCCACCCCGCACACGCCCACCCCGCCGCGCGGCACGCCCACGCUCCCUCUGGAGAACGGCGACGCGCACGCGCACAACGGCCCGCACAAGCCGGACAAGCCGCCCUCCCCCCCGCCGCAGCCCGAGCCGCACGCGCGCAGAAAAACCCGCGCCGACUCCGCCGAGACCAUAGACGACAUCGCCGCCAUGAUCGCGAACACGGAGAGCAGAGACAUACCUGAACCCCCGCCGCUGCCCAUCGAACCGGACACUCCCGUCACCAUUGACAAAUUGAAAAGUGUUCUAGCCAGCCCCGAACCGGAGAAGUCGCCGCCGCACGAGAAACCACCAGAGAUAACGCCCAAAUCGCCCCCAAAGUCGCCGCCCAAGUCGCCCAAGGAAACGCUGAAGUCACCACCGAAAAAAGAUGAUUUGGAACCACCUCCGACAGCCGCGGCGCCCAGACGUAGAAGCGCGAGGACGAAUUCUGAGUCGACUAACGUUCCCGUCGAGUCACCGUCUGAGGCCAAGCCAGCGGAGCCAGAAGCGAGCGAAACAAAAACGGCAGAACCAACAUCAGCGAGUUUUGUUGAAGUCGAAAACCAGUUAGAGAAAAUGUUUGCGGGUAUAGAGGAGGUCCCGGCGGAAUCUAAGGUGGAAGAAAAGGCAACAAAAGCGAGAAAGAGACGGAAAUCGGCGCCCACUAAAGGGGAGAAGAAAGCGUCGAAACGGUCUAGUAGACGGUCCACGGGAGACGAGCCGGCUAGACGGAAGGUCGCGAGGAAAAAGAUGGGAAAUAAAAAGGAGGCAGUCAAGGAUGCUUAUGAUUCUGGGAGUAAUGCCAGUUCUAGUCGAUCGAGAGGCCCAUAUAUACAGAUCGUCGGUCCGCGCGACUCGCCCGUCUCCGUGUCCGUGGUGAACGCGACGGACGAGGAGCGGCGCGGCGGCGAGGAGUGGCGCGGCGUGCGCGCGCGCGGCCUGCACGCCAGCACGCUCGGCCUGCGCUACGACGCCGCCACGCCGGACGCCACGUGGCGCUGCGCGUUCUGCGAGCGCGGCCCGCACGCCGCCGGCCUCGGCGACCUGUUCGGCCCCUACACCGCGCCCCUCGCCUGCGCCGAGUAUAGAGCGUUAGAUGAAGCGUCCCAGCAGCGCUUCCCCAGCGUGGAGGGCGGCGUGGAGGUGUGGUUCCACGAGGCGUGCGCCGUGUGGGCGCCGGGGCUGGUGGCGGCGGGCGCGCGCGUUUGGGGCCUCGCCACCGCCGUGUGGACCUCCCGGGCCUCAAAGUGCGCGCACUGCUCCGUGUCCGGGGCCCCCAUCGCCUGUGCCACCAGAACUUGCCGCGCCCGGGCCCACCUCCCCUGUGCUAUGGCCAAUAACUGGCAAUUAGACAAUGAGAAGUUCUGUGCGAUCUGCCCCCGCCACGCCUAGCGAUAGCCCAGUGAUACCGCUACUGCCAUUUGAUGUGCAUAGUGUUUGUGUUGUGUGACUAUGUGUAGUGCCGACUGGUGUUACGUACCUGUGAGUUUCCAGUUACCGACAGAUCACGUGAGUAUUGGGACACGAAAAUUUCAGACUUUUGGUUCUCGUUAUCGUAUAGGGACCAAAUAAACGCGACGUUUCGGAGCUCUAUGAUGUUCAAUGCUCUUCUUGAAAUACCGUAUCCUCGUAAACGCUUAUCAGCAAUACUGGAAUGUUUGUACAUUGUGAAAACCCUGUUCGACUUUAAUAUAUUUGUCGGUGCAAAUCAUGUUUUAGCACAAAUUAUUUCUUACGUGUGAUGAAUACGCGUGAAUCGUAUGAGUGUGUUGGAUAUUGAAAUUUUAAAUAAUUGUAUCUUUUAUGACAUUGUUACGAGAGUUUUGUAUAAAAUUUUACGAAAUUUUGUUGACAUUAACGCUGUCAAUACUCAAAGCUGACUUUCAGUGAACUUAGUUUCCAUGAAAUGUACACAUUGUAUCUGACAAUGGAAUCUCUAAUGAAAUCAAGUUGCGUUAAUGCUCUUAUAAUAUAUAGUUUUUAUUGCCAAAUAUGUGCAACUUUUGCCUCCAAUCGGUUUAUCUCUUUUUUUUUGUUUUAUCAAGUUGUCAUCAGGGUGUUCUGAUGCCGAAUUGCUUACAGGUUGGGGAUCAAACACUUGUUUAAAAUUGUUGAAUAUGCCCCAGUGUAUAAAAAUUAUUAAAACACGACAAAGAGCCUAUGGGCUAUGAAUAAAUUAAGAUAGAAUCAAUUUAAUUUCAUUCCAGGAUUAACCUAUAUGUCCUAAUCAAGGCAAGAGAAUUAGGAAGUUUUAUUGGAAAUCUCACGAAAACCAAGUACAUACUUAUUAUAUAUCUAAUUGUAGUAUAGAAAAUUGUAGAUAUAUAUACUUUGUUAAAUUUUUAGAUCUAAUUUAUCCAAUGCAGCGUCUUACAUUGUAAAUAGAUCGUUGUACACAGCUGUCGGAAUGAGUACUGUACAUAUAGUUAAAUGUAUAUAGCAGUUUAUAGCAUCAGGACACCAUAAUAUUUAUGAUGUAUAUAUAGAAUUGUUGUAAGUUAUCUGAUUAAAACAUGGAAAAUAAAACUAUUUUAACAAAUAAUUAGUAUGCAAAGAAUGGACAAAAGUCACCUAUAUUGCUUGACUUUAAUUAUUAGUAAGUUUUGUCACUUGAAUAAAAGCAAUAGACAUCAUGUCUUAGUGUCUUAGUUGUUGUUAUAAUUACUAUGAAUUGGCGAAUGGUGACUUAAAUUUGUAUGAGUCAGAAUCAAAGUUUUAUUUUUUUUUAAAUAUAGUCAAUGUUUUAUACAUCUUUCUAUCUUCUAAUAUUUGCAUGGAUAUAUUAGAUAGAUUACUUUGCAAUUUGUUUAAAUAGUCUUAUUUUUCAUGAUUUCGAAUGUGGAGACAGUAUUUACCAUACACUAAGCCAAGAGUGUCCAUAAAAAUAAAUUUAGUGUGAAAUGGCUUUCUAUAGCAACGUCGCAGGCGAUUUAUUGUUAAUUGUGUUUGAAAUACGCUUUUCUAAGUUUAUUAUUAUGGUUGCUCUAUAAAUUAUAAGGUUAUGAAAGUUUACAAUAAAAUAUAAAACAUUUGACGUGUCUUCUCUAUUUAUCUAUUCUAAACUCUUUAUUCUAACUCUAUUGGCUAUGCAGUAAGUUAAAAAAGUACAACAGGCGUUGGCCUCUACUCAUAUAUGAGCUCUAAAUUUAAUACAAAGUUUUUUGUAAACUUUCAUAAAGCUAGGUGAAUAUAAAAAUUGUUUACAGCAUGAUGUAACAAUGCAGUGAUAUUAAAAGUAAUGAAAUAAAACAUUAACUCGUAUCUACCAUGUUUAUGUACUUCUAAACAUUGUUGCCAUUAGAAUUUGAACUAGUCGGUGGUGUUUCGGGAUGAAAUUACUGAAGUAGAUAACAUCUGUAUCACAUUGCUGAAGUUAGGAUAGAUAAAACUGAUCCGACAAUUAUUUUCUGGUAAAAAGGAAGAUUUUGUAAGGAGCUAAAGGUGGAAGGAAAUUGGUUUUGAAAGUACAGUAAAUAAUAUUGAAAGAUAAGGUGGCAGUUGAAUUGUUUGUGCUUCAAUUUGUAUUUGGGUCCCAAAAUUAACAACAAACUCAACAUCUGAUAUGGUUAACUUGAUAAGUGCAGUGCAAAUUUCUACAUUAUAAUUGGUAAAAAGACUACUUAAGGCAUCCAAAAAAUUCAUCCAAUUCUUUAAACACACUGAUGGGUACUUAAUCUUAUUACUCAGUAUGAAAAUGUGGUUUUUAUUUUUAUAGUCAGAGCCGAGUGGAAUGAAUUUUUUUGGAUAGCAAAUGUACUACCUACUCAAAGUAUCAUUAGCUGCUUAAUUAAAUUUUAUCUAAAGGAAACUAUAUAAGCAGCUGUUCGGCCACCCAGACGACAGCAUCUGCUGUUUUAGUCAAUGUAAAAUUAAUCAUGUACUUUAAUUCCAGAGAAUUAAUAGAAAAUAGACUGUAAUUAGAGAAUAUUAAGGUACAAAUUUAUAGUAGGGAUGAAAUGAAAUCAGGCCAGUUUAGUGUUUUUAAAAAGUUUAUUCGGACAUUGACGACUCGUCGACGCGAACAAUAUCGGAUACUCCCAAAGCCUUCAUAUUGUAAAUGGUGUAAGACUUUUUUUUUAACAAUUAUGGCAAAUGAUUACUUUAAGUAUGUAAUUGUUAUAAAUUAUAUUUAUCAUGACAUUAUAAGCAAAUUGAAAUACAACAUGUUUAAAACGAA